CAAGAAUCGUUAGUCGACUGAUAUCGUCCGCGUACUGUGAACGUGUACAUUAAAUAUUAUUCUUCAAUUUCUCACAAAAAAUAUAAUCAAAAAUAACAUCAUGGGGUGCGGUGAAUUCCUUGUGAAAUACAUACUGUUCUUCGCGAACUUAUUCUUCGCGUUGGCCGGUCUAACUCUCCUGGGCAUCGGAAUUGCCGUGCAGCUGAAAGUGUCAGAAGUGGUGGAUAUUCUGGACAGCAGUAAUGUGGCGGUGGCGCCCAUCAGUGCUAUGGUCGUGGGCGCCGUGGUCUUCGUCAUCGCAUUCUUCGGGUGCUGUGGAGCUAUACGAGAGAGCAACUGCAUGCUUGUUACGUACUCAAUCUUCAUGAUUAUCCUGAUGGUGCUGAAGAUCACAUUGGCGACGAUGAUCUUUGUCAAUCUGAACGCCUUCAUCGAGACGAUCCCGAAGGUGCUCAACGAAGCUUUCACAAGAGACCCCAAGUCUUUCGAAAACCUUCAGAGCGCGUUCCAAUGUUGCGGCACGACAGGACCGGGCUCGUACAACUCGCUGCUCCUCCCAGACUCCUGCUGCGCCACCACGCCCUGCACGCCCCUCAAUUCUUACGGAGGAUGCAACGACAAGAUGGCCGAGUUCAUCAACACCUUCGGACUCACCAUAGGAAUUGUGGCUAUUGGAGUCGGCGCUGUUGAGCUGUUGGCUGUUAUCUUCGGUCUCUGUCUUGCAAAUCACGCGCGCAACAAGGACAGAAGAGCUCGGUACUGAUCUCAUACUGCUGAGAACACAUUCGUCAUUAAAACAAAGCAAAAAUUAUAACAAUCUACAAAAAAUACGAUAGAAGUCUAAUAUAGCGCCUGUGACUUUCUUAAUAGCAAUGACCACGUUGAAUGUUUCUAAUCAUUAAUUACACUUAUACUGUCUAGGCGUUUACAGGAAUCAUGAAAGCAUAUUGUGUUAUUUGUUUAAGUGAUUAGAUAUAGUUAAGAAUUAUAAACCGUGACAAGAAUAA